AUUUCUUUGGACAAAGCCCUGCCAACGCCUACAGGUAUAUAAUGCAUGUCCCACAAAGACCUCAGCUGCAUUAUCCACAGUGCAGUGCCCCGUUUGGUGCAGAGAGUGACUGACUACCUCUGUAUUGCAUGACCACAUGCAUUGAUGGUAUUUGUCACAACAAAGGCUGGUCAGUGGUUGUGCUCAGGUGAAUACAGAGAGGGACCUCUGAGAUACAGAUCUCCGUGCAUGGCCGACUCACCUGUGAAAGCACUUUCUACUGGUUGCACACUGUGAUGUGUUAUAAUAGCCCCGUAGAGGGGAUUUAAUGCAGAGUCAUCCGAGCCAUUAGUGACAAUGGUGGGGAUCAACACACUGUGAAGUGAGGUUGCAGAUUUUGGGACUUACGCCUGACGUACAUGUAGUUGUUUCCAUCCUGGUCGGACAGGGCAGGGUAGUUGUAGGAAAACUUUGAAAAGAAAAUAGCUGGAGACACACCACACUGUGUGACUGUGUUUGUGUGUGUGUGUUUGUGCCUAUUAGACUAUUAUACUAGUGAUAGCUGAAGAGAAAGAGAGAUAUUCCAGUGGAAGACCAGACAGGUUCAGGACAGUUGAAGUGACAAGAGUGUUAAUGCCAGAGGCAUUUUUUACCUCAUCAACAUUUUUUAUCUCAACAUUGUGGUCACAUAGGAAAGUGCAGUAGGGGCCUGUGUGGGUAUAUCAUUUAGUUCAAGUGCCAGCCACCACGCACCCAAAAACAACAUGUUUACAACAUACUGGAUGCUGCUUGUCAUUCUUGCUUUUCAAGGAUUGUUUCACAGCUCAUUGUCUCAUGUGGCUUUAACAUAUCCACCAGCAAGGAAAUACGAUUUGGACUUUUUAGACAAUGCACGUACGAAGGGUCCAUGUGGAAUGCCCAAAGGUGACUUGGUGACAGAAUUCCAGCAAGGGGCUGACAUUACUGUGACAUGGCAUCUGGCUUAUCCGCAUCAGGGUGGUUACCGCCUAGAGAUCUUAGAUGCCAGUGGCAGCGUGGAACACAAAUUGGCUCCUACAGCUACCAACUUGCAGUGGAACUUUCCUGGCAAUGACACAACUAAGCAGUCGCACACUGUGUCUCUCCCUGCUGGCUUCACCUGUGAUUUGUGCACCCUGCGUCUGCUGCGCCAGGCUUUAGAGUGGGGAAAUGGAUACCGCUUUUGGUCUUGUGCUGACAUCAAAAUCAAGUCAGGAUGGAGUAUGUCUAUGAAUUGGAACACCCUGCAUUUCAGUUCCCCAACAGAAUGUUCUGGCCAUGGGAGUAAAAAUGAUCAAGGAGUAUGUGUAUGCACUGGAAUGUAUGUUGGAGACCAGUGCCAGUAUCAGGAUGAGUGUAAAUCUGACAGUGACUGUGGCAAUGGUCAGUGUGUUGACAUAGAUGCCACUAACUACCCUAAGAGAAUCUGCUUCUGUGAUGUUGGAUGGUUUGGAACCAAUUGUGAGAAAGAGUCCAGUGUAACUAGUACAGCCAUCAAUAAAGCCCUGUACACUCAUGUGUCUCUGGUCUCCCAAAGUCCUAAGUACGACCUCUACUACAGAGUGCUAAAGGACACAAGAGAAUUGGAAGUGGUGCUGAUCAAUGAAGGAAACAGUUAUGCAGCAUUAGGCUGGAGACCUGAUGGUAUAACUGCUAGGUGCCAAAGAUUUCCAGAAUAUGCAGGAAAAUAUAUUAAUGUGCCAGGCAGUGGGUAUGGUGAUUCAGAACCAGGAAGCAAACCAGAACCUGGAUCCACACCAGAACCCGGAGCAACACCAGAACCUGGAUCCACACCAGAACCCGGAGCAACACCAGAACCUGGAUCCACACCAGAACCUGGUGCAACACCAGAACCUGGAUCCACACCAGAACCCGGAGCAACACCAGAACCUGGAUCCACACCAGAACCUGGAUCCACACCAGAACCUGGAGCAACACCAGAACCUGGAGCCACACCAGGACCACAUUCUACUCCAGAACCAGAAUCCACACCAGAACCUGGAUCCACACCAGAACCAGAAUCCACACCAGAACCCGGAACCACACCAAACUCUGGAAACAAAAGGAAAAGGAGGGAUGCCCAUAGUUCUGGCUGUGGAGAUAGAAUAAGUUUUUGUCAGGGUUCAGACUGCACUUAUGAAGCCAGCUGGGAAUACAAUGCAGCCACAGAUAAAGUAACAUUUACCAUGAAGGCUAAAAACACCCUGGGCAAGUGGAUAGGUAUUGGAUUCUCAGAAGAUGGAACAAUGGUUGGGGCAGACAUUAUAACUGGCUGGGUGACCUCUGAGCAGCAAGUGGUGGCACAUGACAGAUAUGCUACAAGUAGGAGUCCACCAGUCAUAGACGCCUCCAAUAAUAUUGAGAACAUCCAAGGCUCACAGGUUGAAGGCCUAACGACCAUUACUUUUACUCGCAAUCGCAACACAGGAGAUAAUGAGAAGGACAAACAGUUUACAGAUACUUCAGACGGUUGUUUCUUUUUCUUGUAUGCUAUUGGAGGGUCCUAUGAUGAAGCAAACAACAUAAUGUAUCACUCAUGGAGAGAAAUGUCCAACCAAAAGAUAUGCAUCAAACCUUGUCCAGAACCAACCUCUACUCCAGAACCAGAAUCCACUCCAGAACCAACUACUCAAGAACCAGAAUCCUCACCAGAACCAACUUCUACUCCAGAACCAGAAUCCUCACCAGAACCAACUUCUACUCCAGAACCAGAAUCCACACCAGAACCAACUUCUACUCCAGAACCAGAAUCCACUCCAGAACCAAUUUCUACUCCAGAACCAGGAAGCACACCCGAACCAGGGGCUACUCCAGAACCAGGAAGCACACCCGAACCAGGAGCUACUCCAGAACCAGGAAGCACACCCGAACCAGGAGCUACUCCAGAACCAGGAAGCACACCCGAACCAGGAGCUACUGCAGAACCAGGAAGCACACCCGAACCAGGAGCUACUGCAGAACCAGGAAGCACACCUGAACCAGGAGCUACACCAGAACCAGGAAGCACACCGGAACCAGGAGCUACUUCAGAACCAGGGGCCACUUUAGAACCAGGGGCACAACCGGAAGGAUCAGCUGGCUUGCAUGCAAUGGAUUGCACAGACAUUGUCAUUGGACGAGCUCGUGGUAUGAGAGGCAAUGUGGGAGACUACUACACUCGUGAUCGUUCAUCGCCAAGACCCGAUUCUUUUUAUGAUAAUGGCUUCAACAGUCUAACAGCAGCACUGGCAUAUGAGCAAAAUGGAGUGACCACAGUGUUAUUCAGGAAGAAGUUGGAAGCUACUGAACAACAGGAUCAUGACAUUAGAAAUGAAGUGAUGCAUGUCAUCUGGGCCCGUGGUCAGCAGAUUGGUCAAUAUUACCACAACCCAGAGUCUGGCCUUGAAAAAGGAAACCCAGCUGUGUCCAACUUUUAUCGUCCAGAUGAGAUCAAAUAUCAUGGUCAUGGCAACCAAAGAGGACAGGCUAGACUCAACUUUGUGGAACAACCAAUCACCAAACCUUGUGGCAAUGAAUACAAGCAACCAACUAGCUGUACUGAUGAUGACUGUGAAUACAAAGCCACCUGGGAAUAUGACGCAGCCGUAGAUGAGGUGACAUUUACUCUGAAAGCCAAAAACACUGAGAACAAAUGGAUUGGUAUUGGAUUCUCACCAGAUAGGAAUAUGCCUGACACAGAUGUUAUUGUUGGUUGGGUGGAGGCUGAUGGAAGAGUUGUUGUACAGGACAGGAAAGCAGUGGGUUACUCUCCACCAUUAGUGGACUCAAGGUCAGAUAUAAAAAAUAUAGAGGGCUCCCAACUGUUUGGAGUCACAACUAUCAAGUUUACCAGAGCGAGAAACACCGGAGAUAACCAGAAUGACUUCCAGUUUUCUGACACUGAUUGCUACUACUUUAUGUAUGCUGUUGGUGGAAGCGUGUCUGGCACAUCUAUAAACAAGCAUGCCAAAACCCCUGUUAUUUCGUCUGAAAAAAUAUGCAUAAAGACAUGCUCUUCAGUGACAGUUACCAUGUCUGCAUCUGUCAGAUUUACCAGUGUCACAUUCACUGAAAACCUGAGGAACAGGAACACGGAAGAGUUUAUAGAACUUGAGAGCAAAGUGAAGGCAGCCGUUGAGCCUGCCUUGAAAGAAGCACUGCCAGGUUACAGGAGUGUGAGGGUUGCGGAAUUUGCGUAA